AUGGCCGAACUGCAAGCAGAAGUCAAGAGACUAGCUGAGCUAUCCACCCAGAGCAGCAAACAAGAGGAAGGCAACUCCAAAGGUUCAACCCAAGGCAGAGCCGAACUCAUAGGUGUCAACUCCCCUAAGGAGAAACUGACCUUGGACAACCCGUUUUCUGAGGAAAUCACGAAUUUCCAAAUGCCAAAGCAUUUCACACUCCCUUCCUCUCUUGAGCUGUAUAAGGGGAUUGGUGACCCCCGGGCUCACAUUAAAAAAUUUCAAUCUAUGAUGUUUUUUAACGGACCUAAUAACGAUCCUGUGCUUUGCAGAGCUUUCCCUACUUAUCUAGACGGGGCUGCCCUAUUUUGGUUUUUGAAAUUGUCUGCAGGAUCAAUCGCUUCCUUCGAAGAUCUGGCCAGGUCUUUCAUCGACUACUUUGCAGCAGCUCGGAUCUAUGUACAUGGAUCAGACUAUCUCAGCACCAUCCGCCAGGGCCCACUGAAAAGCUUAAAAGAUUAUAUGACCAGGUUCACAGAUGCCACCAUGGAAAUACCUGACCUAAACCCUGCCGUCCACCUACAUGCCCUCAAAGCCGGACUCAGGCCUGGAAAAUUCAGAGAAAUAAUCGCGGUUACCAUGCCAAAAACACUGGACGAAUUCCGGGAAAGGGCAGCAGGACAAAUGGAGAUCGAAGAACUCCGAGAGGCCGACAAAACCGAAAGGAGACCAAGAAAAGAGGACGACAGACCCUUCAGAUCAGCGAACACUAGAGACCUUGGCAAACCAUUCAAGCUCACCCCAAAAUUCAAUAACUACACCAGAUUCAAUACGAAGAGAGAAAAGAUAAUCAAAGAAAUACUCAAUGCCAAGAUUAUAAAGUCACCAACCAGAGCGGGAAGCUACCAACAUCAGCGAUUCGUCGACAAAAGCAAGCAUUGUGGCUUCCACCAGAAAUAUGGUCAUACAACCGAUGAGUGCGUGAUAGCCAAAGACCUCUUGGAAAGAUUAGCACGCCAGGGCCUCUUGGACAAGUACAUCGAGGGGCGAAAACACAGGGAAAGCAACAAAGAAGAACGUCAUCAAACCUCGGCCAGAAAAGACACCAACAAAUGGCUUAACAACAACCCACCUAAGGGGGUUAUAAACUGCAUAUCUGGAGGAUUCGCAGGAGGCGGAGAAACAAAUUCAGCACAGAAGCGGAGUUACCGUGCAAUGCUAGCAAUCAAAGGAACAACACCGCCAAACAACAAAGAUAUGCAGGACCUAGAAAUCACUUUUAACCAAGCUGAUAUAUGCUCAGCCACCCCUCACACAGACGACCCAGUAGUAAUCUCCAUUCAAACAGGCAACCUUCUGGUAAGAAAAGUCCUUUUGGACCCAGGUAGUAGUGCAGAUGUCCUGUUUUACUCUACUUUUUCAAAAAUGAAUCUAUCUGAAAAACUAAUGCAACCCUCAUCUGGAGAAUUAGUAGGAUUCUCUAGAGAAAGAGUGUCGAUCAAGGGCUAUAUAUGGCUAAGGACUACAAUGGAAAAUGACCCGUUGUCAAGGACCUUGGACAUACAAUACCUAAUAGUUGACUGCCCUAGUCCUUAUAACAUUAUUCACGGAAGACCUACUCUGAACAUGUUCAGAGCAGUCAUAUCUACUUAUCAUCUAUGUGUUAAAUUUCAGGCACAGGGCGGCAAGAUAGUAACAAUACAUUCAGAUCGCCAACAAGCUCGGCAGUGCUAUAAUGCGAGCCUAAAAAGAUCGGACACAAGCCUGAAACAACGUGAAGUCCAUUCAAUACAUGGCACGGAAGUAUUAUCCUUGGCCGAGCUUGAUCCUCGAGGGGACACCCAAGAAAGACCUCAACCAGCAGACGAGCUCCAGAAAAUCCAACUGACCCAUAUGCCGGAAUAG